AUGGCUAUCUCCAAGAACUUACCAUUAUUGAAGAACCACUUCAGAAAGCACUGGCAAGAAAGAGUCAGAGUGCACUUUGACCAAGCCGGUAAGAAGGCUUCUAGAAGACACGCUAGAUUGACCAAGGCUGCUAAGGUUGCUCCUAAGCCAAUCGACUCUUUGAGACCAGUUGUUAGAGCCCCAACUAUCAAGUACAACAGAAAGGUUAGAGCUGGUAGAGGUUUCACCUUGGCUGAAUUGAAGGCUGUUGGUUUGACUGCUAAGUACGCUAGAACCAUUGGUGUUGCUGUUGACCACAGAAGACAAAACAAGUCUCAAGAAACCUUUGACGCUAAUGUUGCUCGUUUGAAGGAAUACCAAUCUAAGUUGGUUAUCUUUGAUAAGAAGACCAAGGCUUCCGAAGCUGCUGCUUACGAACAAGUUUCUACCUCUGCUGCUUUCCCAGUUGCUCAACCUGCUAUUGAAUCUACUCCAAGAGCUGUUGAAGUUACUGAACAAACUGCUUACAGAACCUUGAGAUUGGCUAGAUCUGACAAGAAAUACAAGGGUAUCAGAGAAAAGAGAGCCAAGGAUAAGGCUGAAGCUGAAGAAGACAAGAAGAAGAAAUAA